AGGCAUUUCCACUCAGAGAAAGAAAGCAUAGAAAAAUGGCGACAGUAAAAAGGAUGAUCAAAUUGGGUUCAGGAGGGCUAGAGGUACCAGCUCAGGGCCUAGGCUGCAUGGGCAUGUCGGCCUACUACGGCCCACCCAAGCCCGAAUCCGACAUGAUCGCUCUUCUCCGCCACGCCAUCAUCAACUCCGGUAUUACCUUUCUAGACACCUCCGACAUAUACGGACCAUUCACCAAUGAGAUCCUUCUGGGCAAGGCGCUUAAGGGAGGAAUGAGAGAAAAAGUUCAGCUGGCUACUAAAUUUGGCAUCAAAUACGACGAGGAUGGCCAGAAUUUUGAGGUGAAAGGCGACCCAACGUAUGUUAGAGCUGCUUGCGAGGCCAGCCUGAAGCGGCUUGAGGUGGAUUAUAUUGAUCUCUAUUACCAGCAUCGGAUUGACACACAUGUCCCAAUUGAAGUCACGAUUGGAGAGCUGAAGAAACUAGUUGAAGAAGGUAAAAUAAAGUACAUUGGAUUAUCCGAGGCCUCAGCUUCAACCAUAAGAAGAGCUCAUGCUGUUCAUCCAAUUACAGCUGUUCAAUUAGAAUGGUCCUUGUGGACCAGAGAUAGUGAGCAAGACAUUAUUCCUACUUGCAGAGAACUGGGCAUCGGUAUUGUGGCAUACAGUCCUCUUGGAAGAGGAUUCAUGUCAGCUGGCUCUAAGAUUGUGGAAACUCUUUCCGAUGAUGACUAUCGGAAGAAUCUACCAAGGUUUCAACCCGAAAACAUGGAACACAACCAAAAGAUAUACGAGCAGGUGAAGGAGAUUGCAGCAAGAAAAGGAUGCACUCCGUCGCAGCUAGCGUUGGCUUGGGUUCACCACCAGGGAGACGAUGUCUGUCCCAUCCCGGGAACAACCAAGAUUGAGAAUUUCAACCAGAAUGUUGGUGCCCUGUCUGUGAAACUGACACCAGAAGAAAUGGUGGAGCUUGAAUCUUUGGCUUCUGCAGGUGCUGUUAAAGGUGAUAGAUAUGAUCAGUCCUUACUUACUUGGAAAGACUCUGAAACUCCACCACUUUCUUCAUGGAAAUUCGAAUGAACACUUGCCUGGCUAUAGUUAAUAUGCAUGCAAUCAUCGCCAUCUCUGAGAAGACGACAUCGUGUGUGCUUUUUUUUAUUGAUGAAAUAAUAAAUUGUUUUCUGUCAAACCGGUGGCAUAUGUCUUAAUUUUCGGAGUAUCAAAAUCUGUUAAUCUGUGUGAUAAUAUAUGUUUCGGUUCUUAGAUAAAUAAGUUAUAUUCCCUUAUAAAAACUAAAAUAUAUUAAAAUAAAAAAAUCUUAAAAAUAAAUAUUUUCAAAUCUUGAAAUA